CCAAAGACCCCCACUCAAGACCAGCAUGAGUACUGGGAGGGACUGGGGUCUCGGCCACACUUGGGGGUCUCCUCAAGGCUGGAAGCGCUGCUGGCAGGGAUUCCUCCUCGCAGCCUCCAUUCCAAUGAUUUGUGGCCAGGACAUUACUAUCACGGUGCGUCCCUCGAACCCGAUCCCCAAGGGCCAGAGCGUCAGCCUGUCCCCCCGAAUCUUUGCAGGACUCUUCCGAAAAUGCCAGUGGCUCCAGGGGAAUAAGGUGAUCCUGUCCCAAGAGGGAAUGUCGCCUUACCUUUUCGAGACUGGAGAGGCCUACAACGAGAGGGAGAGCGUGGGGCUGGACUGCUCCCUCUCCAUCCAAGGGGUCCAGAAAGAAGACGCUGGAUUCUAUACGGUGCUUAUAGACCGAGGUGGGAACUCAACAGAGAGGGGACAGGUCAACCUCCAGGUCUCAGAUUCAGGGACUUCUACCUGGGAUGAAGCUGCAUGGAAUUAUAACAGAAUGGUGACUAUCGUGGUCGCCGUUACCAUGACUGUCCUGCUCAUCGGAGCCGGGUUUCUGAUUUUCUUCUGUGUCCGUUUCCGAAAACCACGAAGUAGCCGGCAUGUCGCUGUCACCACCUCGUCUACGCCUCCGCCAUCUGCGCCUUUACCUUCUGCGCCUCCGUCUUCUGUGCCUCCGCCUUAUGAGAACGUUUGCCCUUAUGGACCCCCGGCAUCAUGGGUCCAUCCUGAGAAUGCUUCUUCGGAAAAUAUCUAUGCGACCUCACCAUACAGAGUCCAGCCUGGAAAGGCAAAUCAAGAGCCAAGGAGUCUACAAGCUGCCCAACCAUUGCCCUGAAAACUACAAAUCCCAUUUUAAAUAUCCAGCUGGAAAGUGCAGUGUAUUGUCCAGGACUUGUGGGAUCCAGGUUCGAGUUCUAUGCAGAACCACAAAGCCUAUUGUCAAGACGUCAAUCGUUCUCUCUUUUUCUCAACCAGGGCUGUUGUGUGUCCAUUGGGAGAAAUGUGGGAUAGAAAUUAAAGAACGAAUAAUAAUAAAUAAUAA